UUCUUUUUUUUUAUUAUAUUUGGGUCAUUUUAUUCCAAAUGACCAAAUUGUAUUCAAAUUCAUUUCAAUAAAGAUUAAACACACAACGCCUUUUCAAGUUUAUUUUUGACAUUAAAUAAUGCCCCAGCAAGCAGGUUCAGCAUUGAACGAUUCAACUGUAAAACGACGUAGAAAGAAAGCAUCUAGAGCUUGUUCACAUUGUCAAAAGGCUCAUUUGACAUGUGAUGAUUCACGGCCAUGUCAAAGAUGUAUUAAACGUGGUUUAGAGGAUACUUGCGCUGAUGGUGUGAGGAAAAAAGCUAAAUAUCUUCAAGAGGAUGAUAAUGAACGCUUACAACAACAGCAAAUAUCUGUUAUGGCACCUACCCCACCUCUUCCACAACAACAACAACAACAACAGCCUAUAAUGAAUUUUAUUGAAGGAAAUCAUACUACUGGGUUUGGAUCAAAUACAACAAGCUUAGAAUAUGGUAUGCUAUCCAGUAUGAUACCCAUCCUAGACACUAGCAAUAAUACUAAUAACCCUUAUCAGCCAGUAAAUAUACCUAAUACAACUAAUUCUAACAGCACAACAACAAUAACAACACCUAAUUGGCUUAUUCAACCAGCACCUAUAGAUACAAAUACAAUUGUUCUUAACAACGUGAAUUCUACAAAUACGUCCCCUAGUAUUUCAUCAUUAACACCUCAGCCUUCUUCUGCUAUGGACUAUAAUAAUUCUACUCCAACAGUUGGAGACCGUCAACGUAUUAUUCGAAGAAGAAAAGGUAUAGGUAAUACACCUUAUGAGAUCUAUACACGUGUACAACGUCCCUAUAAUUAUGCAGAAAGUUAUCAUCACCUUAUUGAAUACGUUCGAUGUCGUAUGGGACGAAAUGAGCUACUACGUAUUAGUCGAGCUCUAGUCCUCUUUAGACCCUCUUACAUGUCUCUUGUAGCUGCUUUAACAGAAGAAGAUUUAAUUUAUAUGGAAAAAUGUGUCCAAAGAACGCUAUUAGAAUUUGAGAAACUUAUUAGUUUUUCUGGGACACCCACAGUUGUUUGGAGAAGAACAGGUGAAAUUGUUUUAGUUGGAAAAGAGUUUUUAUUAUUAACUCAGUGGAGUAAAGAGACAUUAUUAGGGAAAAAGACAUAUAUUUAUGAGUUAAUGGAUAAUGGAUCUGCUAUUGAAUAUUGGGAAAAGUUUUCUCAGCAUGCCUUUGAUAAUACUGAAUCAGCUUUAUACAUGUCAGUUAUCUUGAUGAGUCCAUCUUUUCGUCCUGUGCCUUGUAGUUUUUGCUUUACUUUGAAAAGAGAUAUUUUUGAUUUACCUUGUGUUGUAGUUGGAAAUUUCUUACCAAUAUUAGGUGCUAAUACAGGUCGAUCAUAGUAGUUUUUUUUUUUUUUUUUUU